AUGGCUACUCAGGUCCCAGCGAACUCUCACCUGCCCCUCAAAAGAGGCAAUGAAGACGAGAGCCUGCCUCCUCUCAAGGUAGAGGCUCGCUUCCAUUUUUAUCGUUACAGGUGUUUCUGUGUUGCAUCCAUUUUCCGCUGGUGCUCAUACUCCUUCUCGCAUUGUUUCCAGAUUGAUCGGUCACUAAGAAGAGUCGUCUCAGAAAUCUCCCCGGAAACCGAUGACAUAAUGGUGGAGAUCGAAGAGGAGAUGAUCGAGUGCGAGUGCUGCGGAAUGUCCGAAGAGUGCACCCCCAAGUACAUCAGCCGUGUUAAGGCAUUCUUCUGCGGGAAAUGGGUCUGCGGCCUCUGCUCCGAGGCGGUGAAAGAGCAAGUAAGGAAGAACCCCGCGGCCUCUCUGCAGGAGGCGCUGGAGUCCCACAUGGCUCUCUGCAUGAAGUUCCACAGGACAAUUAGAGCCAACCCCAAGCUCUCCUUUGCUAGUUCCAUGAGGGACAUCGCCAAGAGGAGCUCGCAGAGAAGGACGUCGAACAGCUUCUUUGGGGUAAAGAUGGGAAGAAUCGCAAGCUGCGGCGCUCGGUUUAAUCUCGAGGUCGACAGUUCCCCGAUUCAGUGA